UACGCCAACUUCGAUUGGCUCGAGGCACGGCUCCAAGAGCUGGGAUCCGACGGAUAUGUACUAUUCGACAUACCCGGUCAGGUCGAGCUCAGCACACAUCACGAGGCGCUGAGAAACAUAGUGCAACGAUUGACGAAGAUCGGUUUUAGGCUGCCGUUCAUCUCUGUGAUGCGCACUAUGUGACCGAUGCCGCGAAAUAUGUUUCCGUACUUCUCCUGUCCCUCCGGACUAUGCUACACUUGGAACUGCCGCAUGUCAAUGUUUUGUCAAAGGUUGAUUUGAUAGCUCAAUACGGAGACCUGGAUUUCAAUCUCAAUUUUUACACGGAGGUUCAGGAUCUUUCCUAUUUGGAGAACGCACUAAACACUUCAUCACCGCGGUACACUGCUCUCACCAAGGAAUUGUGCUCUGUAAUCGAGGACUAUGGACUUGUAGAAUUCGAAACGUUAGCCGUAGAGGAUAAAGCCUCAAUGCUUCACUUAACACGCGCUAUUGAUAGAGCUACAGGAUACGUAUUCGUACCACCACACGACGCCCCGGCACCAGAAGGGACACUUGAAGCUUCGUCCGUCCCUACAUCGAUGAGGCCCAACACCUUUUCAUUGUUCUCAUCUGCUGCAGGCCCAAUGGCAGGUAGCGUGGGGGAUGUACAAGAACGUUGGGUAGAUGCUCGUGAACAAUGGGAUGCAUUUGAGCGUAAAGAGUGGAGACAGGAAGGCGAGAUGAUCAGGGAAGCGAGGGAAAGGGAGAAAGCAAUCCAAGGUGAACAGAGGGGGAAGAGUGGGAUCAGGGAGCGGAAAUAAGUCAAGUUGUGUGCACCGAUUUAUGCGAUCCAAUAUGUUCAUCUAUGAAGAUAGAUUUUGCUUCUGAACUCAAAGACUCGAGACUCGAGCGCCGAGCAUCCAUCCACUGGAUCUUAUCUAACAUAUUCUCCUGCGCUCUCGAUUCUGGUGUCUCCUUCAGCCGUCCAUUUCUCUCCUAGCUGU